AUGUCGUCGGCGAUUGGAUGUUCUUCUCUCAAAACUACUCAUCAAGUUAGGGUGCGAAAAUGGAGGUCACCCAGAGCAGCUGUGGUGUCCGAUUUCCAUCUCCCAAUGCGUAGUUAUGAAGUUAAAAAUAGGACAAACGUGGACGAGAUAAAGACUCUCCGGCUAAUAACGGCCAUCAAAACUCCAUACCUUCCCGACGGCCGCUUCGACUUGGAGGCAUACGACACGCUCGUCAACAUGCAAAUCGAGGGUGGAGCCGAAGGGGUUAUCGUGGGCGGGACCACAGGUGAGGGUCAACUCAUGUCGUGGGACGAGCACAUCAUGCUCAUCGGCCACACGGUCAACUGCUUCGGCAGCUCGGUCAAAGUCAUCGGCAACACCGGAAGCAACUCGACUCGCGAAGCCAUCCACGCAACCGAGCAAGGCUUUGCCGUCGGCAUGCACGCUGCCCUUCACAUCAACCCUUACUACGGAAAAACUUCCCUCGACGGCUUAACCCUCCAUUUCGAGAGUGUCCUCCACAUGGGCCCCACCAUAUUAUACAAUGUCCCUUCCCGAACGGGCCAAGAUAUUCCAUCGGACGUUGUUCGGGACUUGGCCAGAAGCCCGAAUCUUGCGGGUGUGAAGGAGUGUGUGGGACAUGCACGGGUCGAUGAGCACGUGAGCAACGGGCUCGUCGUGUGGAGUGGGAACGAUGACGAGUGCCACGACUCGAGGUGGGAUCAUGGGGGCAGAGGGGUAAUUUCAGUCGUGAGCAAUUUGAUUCCGGGGUUGAUGAGGGAGCUGAUGUUUGGGAGGAGGAAUCCGGAGUUGAACGAGAGGGUUUUGCCUCUUGUGAAGUGGCUGUUCGAGGAGCCGAACCCGAUCGGGCUGAACACGGCUCUGGCCCAACUUGGGGUCGUGAGGCCCGUUUUUCGGCUACCAUAUGUGCCGCGUGCGGUGGAGAAGAGGGUGGAGUUUGUGAAGAUUGUCGAGGAGCUCGGGAGGGAGAAUUUCAUCGGCGCCAAGGAGGUUCGGGUUUUGGACGAUGACGAAUUUGUGUUGAUCGGCCGAUACUAG